AUGUCUAUCCAUUCAUGAAUCUGUGGACAUUUGGUGUAUUUCCAUCUUUUGACUAUCAUGAAUAUGCUGUGAUGAACAUUUAUAUACAAGUUUUUGUUUGAGUAACUGUUUUCACGAGUGAAAUUGCUGGGUCAUAUGGUAAUUCUAUGCUUGAUGUUUUUAGGAACUGUCAAAUCAUUUUCCACAAUGGCUGCACUGUUUUACAUUCUCACCAACAAUGUACAUGGGUUCCAAUUUCUGUGCAGCCACACCAGCACUUGUCAUUUUACAUUUCAUAUAACCAACCUAAUGUGUGUGAGGUGGUAUCUCAAUGUGGUUUUUAUUUGCAUUUUGUAACGAUUAUGAUGUUGAGCAUCUUUUCAUGUGCUUGUAGGCAAUUGGCAUGUCUUUAGAAGAAUGUCUAUGUAAGUCCUUUACCUGUUUUUUAAUUGGAUUAUCUUUCUGUUAUUGAGUUGUAGAAGUUCUUAAUCAAGAAAUGUAUGUUCUGACUGCUCCAUCAACCAGCCGUUCUCCCAUCUUUCUCCCUCUCCUCAGGCCUCCCUAUUGUCUGGGAUACAACAAUAUUGAAAUUAGGCCAAUAAGUAACCCUACAAUGUUUCAAGUGAAAGGAAAUUUCAUCCAUCUCUCACUUUAAAUCAAAAGCUAGAAAUGAUUAAACUUAGUGAGGAAAGCAUGUAAAAGCCAAGCUGGGCUGAAAGCUAGGCUCUUGCACUGAACAGCCAGGUUGCUUUCCAAGCCAAUUCAAAGGAAAAGGUCUUGAAGGAAAUUAAAAGUUCUACUCCAGUGAACAUACAAAUGAUAAGAAAUUGAAACAGCCUUAUUGCUUAUAAGGAGGAAGUUUUAGUAGUCUGGACAGAAAAUCAAAUCAGCCACAACAUUUGCUUAAGCCAAAGCCUAAUCUGAAGCAGGGUCCUAACUCUUCAAUUCUAUGAAGGCUGAAGGUUUAAGAAGCCAUUUCAACAUAAAAGUGCAAAGUGAAUUGAGUGCUGAUGUAGAAGCUGCAGCAAGCAUCUAGAAGAUCUAGUAAGAUAAUUAAUGAAGGUGGCUACACUGAACAACAGAUUUUCAAUGUAGAUGAGACAGCCUUAUUGGAAGAGGAUGCCAUCUAGGACUUUCAUAACUAGACAGGAGUCAAUGCCUGGCUUCAAAGCUUCAAAGGAUAGGCGGACUCCCUUGUUAAGAAUAAUAGAGCUGGUGACUUUAAGUUGAAGCCAGUGCUCAUUGACCAUCCCAAAAACUCUAGGGCCCUUAAGAAUUAUGCUAAAUCUACUCUGCCUGUGCUCUGUAAAUAGAAUCACAAAGCCUGGAUGACAACACAUCUGUUCACAACAUGGUUUAAAUCUCAAGCCCACUGUUGAGACCUACUGCUCUAAAAAUAAAAAAAAAGAUUACUUUCAAAAUAUUAAUGGUCACAAUGCACCUGGUCACCAAGAACCCUAAUAGAGAUGGAUAAUGAAAGGAAGUUGUUUUCAUGCUUGCUAACAUAACAUCCAUCUGCAGCCCAUGGAUCAAGGAAUAAUUUUGACUUUAAAGUCUUAUUAUUUAAGAAAUACUGUUUGUAAGGCUAUUGCUGCCAUACAGAGAUUCCUCUGGAGGAUCAGGGCAAAGUAAAUUGAAAACCUUCUGGAAAGGAUUUUCCAUUCUUGAGGCCAUUUAGAAUAUUUGUGAUUCAUGGGAAAAGGUCAAAAUAUGAACAGUAAUAGGAGUUUGGAAGAAGUUGAUUCUAACCAUUAUGGAUGACUUUGAGGGAUUCAAGACUUCAGUAGACGAAAUAAAUGCUGAUGUGGUAGAAAUGGCAAGAGAAGUAGAAUUAGAAGUAGAGCUUGAAGCUAUGACUCAAUUGCUGCAAUCUUAUGGUAAAACCAGAAUAGAAGAGGAGUUGCUUCUUAUGGAUGAACAAGGAAAGUGGUUUUUCUUUUUGUGUGUGAUGGAAACUACUUCCAGUGAAGAUGUUGUGAAGAUUAUUGAAAAGACAACAAAGGAUUUAAAAUAUUACACAAACUUAGUUGAUAAAGCAGCAGUAGAAUUCGAGAAGAUUGACUCCAAUUGUGAAAGAAUUUCUACUGUGGGUAAAAUGCUGUCAAAGGGUAUCAUAUAUGGUGGAGAAAUCAUCUGUGAAAGGAAGUGUACAUUGAUGCAACAAACUUCAUUGUUGUCUUAUUAUAAGAAAUUGCCACAACCACCCCAGCCUUCAGCAACCACCACCACCCUGAUCAGUCAGCAACCAUCAACAUCCAGGGAAAAUAAAAAUUGGAUUUCUCACAGGAUGCCUAUGAAGUAUUUUAUAAGCCAUAAAUCCUUGAUCUCCGGAGGAGGCAGCAUGCUAUGUUGGAAUAGGAAUCAGAGAGAAGUUUUUCCUCUAGCUAACUCCGUAAUAUUAGUCAGGUCCACCUGAAGACUGGAAGACGGGAGCGCUUGUUCACUGGUUCCCAUCUCCGACUGGCUGUGACUGGCUGUGCUCCUGCUUGAGCAGAGCAGGCGCCUGUGGGGCCAGAGACAG